AUGGCGACCGUUGCGUCGGUUUCCCUCCUUUCGGAGGCCGAGUUUGGUUGCGAACAUCUAGCAUCUCAGCUCAUGCACGAUGGUCCCGCCAGCAACCAGUUCAAGACUUCCUUCAUCAAGACCCAUAAUGCGCUUGGACGUCGCGAUGGAUCCAAGACGGCUCCGUCUAGCCUCCUGAAACCGAGAUACACUUGCUUGACUUGCUCUGAGCCAUGUAUGAAUGGCGAUCGUAAAGUCCAUACAGAGAAGACUGGUCAUCAGUUCUACAUGGAGUCCAGAAGUCGCGCAUUAUUCUGUCAAGGCUGCGAAGAUAUGGUAUACGAUCAUGGCCUAGAGCGAUGUAGAUCCGCCACACCGGAGAGUACAUUACAAGUCGCAAAGAAACGGCGUUUCAGUGAGAGCUCUGCAGACGAACUCUACGUGAAGAGCAACGCGAACAGGCGACCGUGUGCGAAACAAGGUGUUAGGGGCCUUUUCAAUCUUGGGCAGACAUGCUAUUUGAAUGUCAUCCUGCAGACAUUAUUGCAUGACCCAAUCCUGAGUACAUACUUUCUUGGAAAUGGCCACCAACCGCAUGAUUGUACUGUUACUGAUUGCAUUGGAUGCGCCGUUGCCGAAGCGUUUGCCGACUUCAACAGCAUUGACAAGUCAGAAGGCUUCGCUGCGCUCAAUCUGCUUCUGGCCUCUUGGCGUGCUAGUCCUACCUUAGCCGGGUAUCAACAGCAGGACGCGCACGAAUAUUACCAGUUUCUGGUCGACAAGCUACAUGCCAGCGCGGAGGGCAACCGGGACAACCAUGAGAAAGGCUGCAGCUGUUUCUUCCACCGAACGUUCUAUGGCAAGCUUCGAAGUAGCGUGACCUGCGAUCGUUGCGGCAAUGUCACGAAGACCGAAGAUCCAAUCGUUGACCUUAGUCUCGACGUGCAGGUUCAAGCAAAGAAGCGAGCAAUGGGCGGCGGCUCCGGCUCCUCCGCAACACCAACACUUGGCGGUUGCUUGGAGAGCUUUACUUCGCCAGAAAAGCUCAUGGCCGGCGUGUAUAACUGCAGCGGGUGCGGGAAUACACCUCAAAAGGCAACAAAACAGCUCCGAAUUAAGAAACUCCCGGCAAUUCUGUGUAUGCAGCUUAAGCGCUUUGAACACACAUUUGCCGUCUCAGAAAAGGUCGAAGGUCGUAUCGACUUUCCUUUAUCAAUCAAUAUGCUUCCGUACACUACGAACCCCAAUACCACGGUUGACAAAUCCCGGUACACAUAUGACCUUUCCUCUGCCGUUGUCCACAAGGGCAAACUGGAAGCGGGCCAUUACUACGUUUACUGCCGUCAGGGUGAUGAGUGGAUGCUCUUCAACGACGACCAGGUCACCACUGUGACCGAGGCAGAAGUCCUCGGUGUCGACGCAUACCUAUUAUUCUACAAUCUCCGCUGCCUGGCCAAUGCUGUGUCUUAA